AUGCAGCAAAGCCCCAAGAUUCACGGUCAACCUGCUGAGGAGAGCGUCCAACUCCGGACCUCCCAAACAGCCCCCAAAAAGUCCCAUGAUCCCUGGACACACCUCAUAGCCGGCGCGAGCGGAGGCUUCGCAACCGCAAUCGUCACAUCCCCCCUCGACGUUCUCCGAACACGUCUCCAAUCCGACUUCUACCAACCCGUCUCUCAAACCCCCGGCGCCAUCAUCCCCCCCAAAACAAACCACAAAACCCUCCGCAUCAUCGGCAACAUCUACAAAGCCGAAGGAUGGCGCGCCUUCUUCCGCGGCCUAGGCCCAAGUCUUGCCGGCGUCGUCCCAGCCACCGCCAUUAAAUUCUACGUCUACGGAAACUGCAAGCGCAUCGGCGCCCAGGUUCUCGGCCUCGGCGAAGACUCUACUCUCAUCCACGCCCAGGCCGCCAUCUCCGCUGGCAUUGCUACUGCUACCGCUACCAACCCCAUCUGGCUCGUCAAGACACGAUUGCAACUCGAUCGCGCCCAGACCACCACCGGCGCCCGUCGCUACCGCAACAGUCUCGACUGCGUGCAGCAGGUUCUUCGCCACGAAGGCGUUCGCGGCUUGUACAAGGGCCUGAGCGCUAGCUACCUGGGCUCUGUCGAGACGGCAUUGCAUCUGGUCCUGUACGAGCGCUUGAAGACCAUGAUGGCCAAGUCGCUCGGCUCACCGGAUGGAAAGGACACGGCCGCGCAGAAGGAAAUCACUAGCUGGAUUAGUACCACCGGAGCUGCGGGCUCGGCCAAGUUUGCCGCGGCCCUGAUUGCGUACCCGCACGAGGUUAUUCGCACGAGACUUCGCCAGGCACCGCUUGAGAACGGCGUGCCGAAAUACACUGGCUUGCUGCAGUGCUUUAGCUUGAUUGCUAAGGAAGAGGGAAUGGCGGGUUUGUAUGGUGGUUUGAUGCCGCAUAUGGCGCGCUCGAUCCCCUCGGCGAUCAUUACGCUCGGAGUCUAUGAGUUUGUCUUGCGAUUCGUGGGAACCUCAUAG